GUCCCUCAGCGGACAGUCAGCUGACGGCUGGGAGUUUCCGGCGUUGUGGUCGGCCGCCCGCCCGCCCUCCUCUUGUCUUCUCGGUGUCCAGCUCCCGGUUCGCCCGCAAAACCGACGGAGGCCCCUUUCUCAUCCGGCUCGGAAAGCCCUUCCCCCUCUCCAACACACACACACAGCCACCCCCAGGAUGUUGGCGCUCUUCAACCGGCUGCUGGACUGGAUCAAGUCGCUGUUCUGGAAGGAGGAGAUGGAGUUGACGCUGGUCGGGCUGCAGUACUCGGGGAAGACCACCUUCGUCAACGUGAUCGCGUGUGGUCAGUUCAGUGAAGAUAUGAUUCCAACUGUUGGCUUCAAUAUGAGAAAGGUCACCAAAGGCAAUGUAACAAUAAAGAUCUGGGAUAUUGGUGGACAGCCAAGGUUUCGAAGUAUGUGGGAACGUUAUUGCAGAGGAGUCAAUGCUGUUGUGUAUAUGGUGGAUGCUGCAGACCGUGAUAAAAUUGAGGCUUCUAGAAAUGAACUUCACAAUCUGUUAGACAAACCACAACUCCAAGGAAUCCCUGUGCUAGUUCUUGGGAAUAAGAGAGAUCUUCCAAAUGCUUUGGAUGAAAAACAGCUCAUUGAAAAAAUGAAUUUGGCUGCUAUCCAGGAUAGAGAAAUCUGCUGCUAUUCAAUUUCGUGCAAAGAGAAAGAUAACAUAGAUAUUACUCUGCAAUGGCUUAUUCAGCACUCAAAGUCCAGAAGAAGCUGAAAUUUAAUGGUGAAAAUCCAUGUGUGAUUGGCCACAGUCCUCUCUGCACUCAGUUUACUUCAUUCUUCAUGGGAUAACCUGCAGAAAUACACUAUUCUGAAUAUA